AUGGCCGCCGACUCGGACAACCGAUCGCGGAUAAGUUUUGAGAUGUUCACGUUGUUUUUCUUGUACUUGUAGCCUCAUUUUCAGUUAAAAACCGGUUCAUGUGGCAAAACAGAAAGUACGUAAUUUGAAUCCACUUGAAACAAACAGUAACAUAAAUGGCUUGGAGAGCGUUGACCUGUGACCUUUGAUAUGGACGGCCCCAUUAUGAGUGAGGUGCAUGAGGCCGCUGCAGCAGGGGACAGCGAGCAGAUCCUGAACUUGUUGAAUCUUGGGAAGUAUGAUGUCAACCAGAAAGAUGCUGAGUGGCACGAUAGAACACCGCUGCAUUGGGCUGCAAUCAAAGGUCAUGCCGAGAGUAUCCGUGUCCUUGUAGACUACGGUGCUAAUGUUGAUGCUGUCACAGACAGUGGCUGGACGCCAGCGCAUUUCGCAGCAGAGAUUGGCAAGAUUAGUGCCCUCAAGGCCCUGCAUAAGCUUGGAGCUAAUGUUGAGAUUCAGGACAGCUGCGGUGAUACGCCGAGGGACGUAGCCACUGUCUAUGGGCAGACGGAAUGCGUGGAGUUCCUCAAAUUGGCGGAGUACGAAGACAGGAUACAGAGGGAGAGGGACAAACAAGAAAAGCUGGAGCGAGAAGAAAGAGAAAGACAAGAUGAGGAGAAGAGGAGACGGGAGGAGGAACUGAGGAUGCAGCGGAAACAGGAGGCGGAGAAACGAGCCAAGGAGAAGGGCAAAGAGAAGGGCAAGAAAGGUGGAGGGAACAAUGGUGGCAAGGGGAGGAACUUGGCCAGCGUGGGAAAAGCUAUCUUGCUUAUGGGUGGCAAGUAGCAUGGCAAGAAAGGCGGAGGAAACAAUGGUGGCAAGGGGAGGAACUUGGCCAGCGUGGGCAAAGCCAUCUUGCUUAUGGGUGGCAAGUAGCAUGGCAAGAAAGGCGGAGGGAACAAUGGUGGCAAGGGGAGGAACUUGGCCAGCGUGGGCAAAGCCAUCUUGCUUAUGGGUGGCAAGUAGCAUGGCAAGAAAGGCGGAGGAAACAAUGGUGGCAAGGGGAGGAACUUGGCCAGCGUGGGCAAAGCCAUCUUGCUGAUGGGUGGCAAGUAGCAUGGCAAGAAAGGCGGAGGGAACAAUGGUGGCAAGGGGAGGAACUUGGCCAGCGUGGGCAAAGCCAUCUUGCUGAUGGGUGGCAAGUAGCACAGAACUAUUCUACCAAUGUUGAAGGCAUGAAAAGUUUGUAGUUGCAAUUCAGUCAUGAAGGCAUGGCCUCAAUGACUGUGCUACAUGAGAGAUUUACAAAACAGAGAAGAGGUGGCCCAAAUCAUACAGUGCAUUCUUGGAGAAAUGAGACGUCCUGUUUUAGUCUUUGGCAAAAUGGUAUUCAUUUUUCUUUAGGGAAAGGCGGGUGGGUGGGGUGGGGUGGGGUGGGGGCAUAACCCCACCCCACUCCAUAUUGUCCAGUGUCAAUGUGCACAGCUGUUUAGAAGUACGUUAUUCAUUGUUAUCAUUCUCAUUGUAUUUAAAUUUAAAUUUGUUUAAAUAAUUAUGUACAUGUAUUAAGUACACAAAAGCCAUCCUUGGAAUUUCGUCCAUUAAAUACAUGCACAUGUAUAGCGAAUACUUUUGUAGAUUAAUGUGUGCUGAUGUCGGGAUAGUUUUGUAAGAGAUACUUUCGAUACAUUCAGAAUUAUAAACUUUGUAGGAAAUAAAAGUAGUGUGUAGAAGAUUUUGAAUAUAUUUUAAAAAGUAGAGUUGUUUGUAUCAUAAAAAAGAGAAAAAACAUUGUUUGUUGAAAAUCUAUGAUAAAGGCAAAUAAAUAACUACAGUAAACAAA